UGAGGCCUGGACACUACUCAUCUGCACAUGCGCAUAAAACUCUUGCGAACAGCAUCCUGGGAAGGAGGAGAGGAUUUCAAAAUGGCGUUCAGAAACGUCGCCACUUUGCGAAAUUUUGUUCGGCCUUUACGAGAAUUUCUAAAGGUCCAGAGCAAGCUUGCAAGUACGGCAGCAACAGAAAGUAGUAGUUCUCAGGGUAUUGGAUGGGUGACGUUUGGUGCGCUAGCAGCUGGGGGCCUUGCCACUGGAUAUUUACUUCAGCCAGACGUCCAUGCAGAAGAACUAGAACUCCACCCACCCAAGCUGCCGUGGUCACAUAACGGAGUUUUCAACUCCAUUGACCAUGACUCAAUUCGCCGAGGGUUCCAAGUAUACCGCCAGGUGUGCGCAGCUUGUCAUAGUAUGAACAGACUAGCUUUCCGCCAUUUGGUCGGUGUCUGCUACACUGAGGAUGAGAUGAAGGCUAUUGCAGCUGAGUAUGAUGUGGUCGAUGGGCCUAAUGAUCAAGGUGAAAUGUUUACAAGACCUGGCAAGCUGUCUGACCCUCUUCCUGAACCGUAUGCUAAUGAGGAGGCAGCAAGAGCAGCCAAUGCAGGUGCUCUACCCCCUGACCUGAGUCUGAUAAAUCUGGCCAGACACGGGAAUGAGGAUUAUGUGUUCCAUCUACUAACUGGGUAUGCUGACCCCCCUGCUGGAGUCGAAAUCAGGGAUGACUUAUACUUCAAUGCAUACUUCCCUGGUCAAGCCAUCGGCAUGGCACAAGCACUUUACAAUGAAAUCAUUGAGUAUGAAGAUGGUACACCUGCUACUACAAGCCAGCUGGCAAAAGACGUUUGCACAUUCCUGAAAUGGUCUGCUGAACCCGACCACGAUGACAGGAAAAGGAUGGGAAUGAAGGCACUGGUCAUCCUUUCUCUAGUCAUGUUUGCCUCCUACUACUACAAGAGACACAAAUGGACUGUCCUAAAGAGUCGCAAGAUAGCCUACCACCCUUCACCCCACUCUUAACCACACCCUACCCCCUCUAACUACUUGUAUAAAGAUUUUGCCUGCAUGGAGUCAUGUUUUUUUCUCCAUGGGCACGUUCUGGUCUUAUUAUAGCAACCAUAACAAUGUAAGAAUUUGCUAGCUAAUCUGUUGAACAGAAUUUUUAAAGGGGUUGUGGAAUGAGAGUUUUGUCACCAUAUUUUAUGUGUGAGUUGAAGUACUAUCAAUAAAAUGUGGCUGACGUAUGAAUAGA